AUGGAUUCAAAGACCGAGGUCGGGCGGGAGAACAUUUAUUUCGAAAUGGAAUCUAAACAGGAAGAUCACGCCGAAAGGUGUGACGAUUUAGUUUUCAGAAAGGACACUCCUCAGGCAAAGCCGAAGGUGGAAACACAGCUGUGUAAAGAUUCUGAUACAGUGAAACAUCACCUAUUAUUCUUAAUCGUAUCUGCCAUUGCUGUUGCUUCGCUCUUAACAGCCCUUGCCACUUUGGUUUUAGCUGUGACAAUCAUUACGGCACGGAGCGAAGUUUCUACAGGUACGGCUACCAUUGCUUCUCCCUGUUGUAAGUAUUUGACAAGUGUUUAAAAACACUUGUAGGUCUUGAUCCAUUCAAAUCUUAAAAGUGAUUGAAAAGGUGUACUAAUUAAACGACAGGAUGAAGAAAAAAAAGAUAAUUCACUUCGGUCCUGAACAUUUCCUGUGCAAAGAGGAAAUUAGAGGAAUUUCCGUUUCGAUAUGAUUUGAGUAUUGCUAUUAUUACCAGAGCUUUCCCUCCACAUAUGAUUAGUACAGGAUUUCUAAGAAAAAUUGUUAUAGAAGGGGAAAUCCGUCCAUCAUAAUACUUAUCCGUAAUCAUGAACAACAAGGGCAUUCCUAUUGCGUCUACAUUAUUUGAUAUUUAGAUAAGGCUAAGUUGUAACAACUGAGCUUUCCAAUUAAAUAACACAUUCUGUGAUAUGCAGGAUGUUGUCACGGUUGCUUAGGAAAAGAGGGAAAAUAUCGUAUUUAAAUAGUGAAUAAUCUAUCUUUGACAUAUAAAGUGCGUUUUUCAAAAGUGAAUCUUGAUGAUGUGAGCCACUUAACACCAAGUUAGUAUCAUGAAGUAUGAAAGGCCGAAGACACUGUAAGUGACGGAAACGCUCCGAGUCAUUGAAUUGAGAACUUUGACCAUUUUUCAUCUCUUUCCAAUAUCUAAAAUUGUUAGUCGGGGCACAAAAAAUAUGCGUAAUAGUAUCUGACAAAAGAUGAGGUUAUAAAAAAUAUCAAUAGUGAAAGGCAUGACUGUUCAUAUUUUCAAUGGGGCUUUUGGAAUUAAACCCGUGAAUUCAUUUAUUAACAUAAAAAUCAACCUCCUCCCCGCCCCCUUAUAAAAUUUGAAAUUGAAAUUUUGAUCAAGAUACAUACCAAGAAAAUUCAAAGUUCCAUGUAGAUAAUUAAAAAUGGUAAUAGGACCGAGUGGAGUCCAAUUUGGUGCGUGAUCAUAAGAUGGAUUGUCAAUCACUCGUAUCGUUACUGACAGAAUUGGACGACUCUGAGUCCUGUUGCCAAUUAAUGAUGACCAUUACAAUUUAGGGAAAAAAACAAAAAUAUUUAUAUGAGAGAGGGCUUUUAAUAAUGAUUAUACAAAUCAUGAUCAUUAAAAUCUUCGACAAAAGCGAAAUGCAACGUUUAAAAACGGCUUUUAUAACAGAGAUGAAAAAAAAAGAAAAAAAAAGUCUAAAAACCACUUAAGCAAAAACGAUUACUUAGCACAACCAGUCGUGUCAAUCAAUUAAAUAAUCAACCAGGCGUUACAGCCAAGGAACGAAAAAUUCACAGAAUUUAAAAAUCGCGCUGUGGUAAGUUUCGAAAAACAGUCGGCAUACAUCUACUACAGCUGUCUCUAGAAACAAAAGAAAGCAAUACACCUUUUUUUAAAGAAUCUCUUGGAAUUAUAUCAAUCGACUAAUCUGAGUCCAAGUCGAUGAUUACGAGCCUCUUUCCUCGUCUUUUUGCUUCGCGAGGAAUCUCCAGAAGGCAACCGGUGUGUGUUCGACUCAAACAAUAACGUGAACACUUGACAAGGUGCCUGUUGGAGAAUUUUAUUGCCAUUGUGACAGACUAUGAUGGUGUGAAGAAAGGAGGCAUAUUGCCUGACCCAUAAAGAUUAGCUGGAUGUUUUCUUUCAUGUUUGUAUCUCCUGGACCUAGACAAGAGGAAGAAAUAAUUGCCGGCGAUCGACCUUUGAACUAUCACUGAUAAAGUCGAUGUUGCGGCAUACCCGCUUGUUAUACAAGACAAUUGAUAUCGUUCGCUCUCCGUAGUUUUGUCACAAUCAUCCAGCGAAGACUCUCUGGCAGUAACUUGGAUAAUUUUAUGAAGUGGUUGGCCCGCUUCUUUUAAUUUCGCAACGACCGUUUUUCUUGUAGAAUGGUUUGUUAUUUUCUUGGCACGCUCCUCUGGUAAACAACUUGCAACUGAUUUCAUUAUUUGGCCAAUUCGAUGCUCAUCCAUUUUAGAUUUGGGCUACCAACACUUUUGGAGGGCCCUGAAAUAAUUGCAAGGUACAAACGGCCGGAAUUUUCAAUUGGUCGGUGUCGACAUGCAGGCCACUCUUCGAAAAGUCGUAUGAGAUGCCAUUCAUCACCGUCGGUAGACCACAUUUUGCGAGGGAAACUUCGGGUUUUGUUUCUCAAUCCACCUUGCCUGGUUUUGUUUGGUUUUUUUUCAAACUGAACAACUUUGCUACCAUCUGCCAUUUGCAAAAUGGAAAAAUCUUGAACGCAUUGUUAGGGUCGUGUUGGCCUCUGAAACCAAGAGCUCUGCCAUAUUUUUAAAGUUGACGCUUGUAAUGGCAACACCAUUAUGACUUCCUAAUUUUCCUUCACUCCAAAAUAAUUCUUCGUCUACGUGAGCGUGCGGCUGAGCUCUGUUAAGCCAUUUUCCUUUGCCUUGGUACCUCAGACAUUUUGUCUUGGAAGUAAGAGUCUCUUGAGACUUCUUGAACUCUCGCCCGCAGAUAAUGGAUGCCUAAUCAUUUUUUUCGGCGGAGAUACUUGUCGAGUGAUACCUGCAUAAUGCGAAGCGAAUGUAGUUCGUAUUCUGUAUCAUCUUUUAUCCGGACUUCAGCAUAGAAUGUUUGUCAGAAUCUCAUCCAAAAUUCGUGGGGUGAAGCGUUACUAAUAAACCUUUGUCAAAUUCGAAGUAAUCUAAAUUGCUUCAAGCCAUAAUCGACUCUUUUCCAGUUGCAGAUCGAAAUUUUAUUUAACUUCUGAAUUUUGACAUUGUUUCUCGUAAAUAUAGUGCUGUUAUUAUAGGCAUACAAUGAACCUUCCUUCUUACGAAUGAUGCACUAACUUGGAAAGAUCGUUAACUUAUAUAGCACGCAGAAAAAAAGGCCUUUUACUUACGAAUUUUUUCAGAAUUGAACAAAUAAUUCUCUAGAUAGAGAUUGUUUGCAAUUAUAGUUAAUAAAAUAAAAUAAGCUGGUCCUAUUUCUCCCUGCCUAUCAGUGUAUGAAGUUUUAACACGUGUUUAUUGAUAUUUAUCUUUUAUCUAUUUAUCCAUCUCUUCAUCUUUUCAUUUGAAAUCCUUCAUUAUUUUUUGUUUACAUUUUCUGUUUUUCUUAUUGUCUCCCUUUUUCUAGAAACGUCAGAACUUCAAAAGGAUGUGCAAGAGUUGAAAAGGAACCUCUCUGCAUUCAGAGAUUACUCGGUAGGAGUAAUUCUUAAUCUUUAUCAGUAAUCAGUUAAAAGCAAAAUGCACUGACGUGAAAUACAUGGGUACAUGUUUGUACAUAAGACUAAGGGCCUCAAAAGGACUUUUAACUCGCUGAUAAUUAGUCAUAUUUUAUAGAAAUAUAGAUUUUAAACAGAGCUUUAAUACUUUCAUAGAGAGCAGGCUGGAGGCACUUUGCACUUCUGCUUUAACUUUUUCAAUGGGGCAAUCUAAAUGUUAUUUCUGAUCAGCCGAGGCUGUUGUGGAGAAGCCUGAUGAACCUUACGAUAGGCCAUCUUGGGUGUCAUUGUUGCAGACAUUAUAAGUAUUCUCGUAAUUUUUUGGACCAACUUUGGAAGCAUAGCGGUUCGAACCCUAUCAUGCAAAGUGCACACCUGUAUAGCCAUCAUCAUCAUUUGAUCAUUAGAAAUAAGAAAUUACAAGAAAGUAUUAUUUUACCAAGAAACUUGAUCAGGAAUAUUGAUUUACAAUUUUUUAUUGUUAAAGGUUUCAGGGGAUGUAAAAGAACUAAAGAAAAAUGUAAGUUUGCCAUUCAUUCCUCUUCCUGUAAUAAUCUUAAUGAUCAUCUUAAUGUUAAUAAUUACAAUAAUGAUAAUGAUUGUAAAUCAUCAAUAACAAUAAACCAUUCAUGAAAAAAAUGAUAUGAUGGUGAGUAGUUUCUUUUCUUUUCUUCCUAAUGUUAGGUCUCAGCAGUGUUAGAGGAGCUAGCGAUAAAGGCAAGUUUAAAUUCAUCCAUUUCCAGUUCUAUCUAUAUAUUUAGGAAAAAAUUACUAUUAGUGCACUUAGUUUAACACGAGUUGCUUACUUAAUGGCACAUGAAAAAAGAUAUGGAAAACAUGAAACAUGAGGUAAGUUCCAAUACCAAUGUAUCGUUAUCUGAAUCCCUCACUGUUACAGUCCCUAUCAUCAUUAUGUUCAAAAGCAAAGCGUGGACUGCUCUACUUAUUUCACCAACUUUAGUAGGCCCACUUAUUCUCUAACACAAUAAUUUGGUCUGUUUUAUUUUUAGGGCAAAAAUACAGAGCUAGAGGAUAUCCAUCUUGCAGUACAGCAUGCUGCUCAAGUUUUGAUUGGUCUGAAUACAAGCAUAAAUGAGAGGUUUCUGCAUUUCCAACAAAGAAUCAUGCAACUGGAUCAAAAGGUACAUAUACCUGAAUGUAUUUUUGUGUGCCAUUUCAUACCGAAUGUUGAAUCAACCAAUCAGAGACCUGAUCUGAGAUAUCUCGCAAUGCUAAGUCACUGCCCUAAGCUGCACAAUAUCAUGGUCUCUUUCAAUUGAAUUUAAGCUACUUAAUGGUCAUCACAAAGUGCAUGGUACAGAUAUGCCUCUAAACAUAUAGCAAAAACAGAGACUGUUUUUCAUCGUGAGUUAAAGGGGAUUUUCAAAGAUUGUCAAAUGCAUGACCCCUCACAGUUUGCAAGAGUCAGUGUUGAACAUUCAAAUUCAAGCAAUGCUACCCCAGCAAUGCUACCCCAGCAAAUUCUAAAUUUGUUUUCAAAAUGACCUGUUUACUUUUAUUUUAUGUCUGUGGAAUGGCAGGGGAUACUUUUUUUAAUCUAAUUUUAAGCUUUUAAGCUACAACUUAGCUUAUUGUUCAAAAAGUUCUUCAAAUCGACUGUAUGUACUGGCUUAAAGAGCCUUUUUGAGGGGCGGAAGAGCACAAAAACGUGUGAUUGAGUCAAAAAUAAGAACGAUCUAGUGUGAUUAACUUCCAAGAGUUAAGGUAUAGAUAUAUCAGUGAUAAGGGAUGGUGUGGUGUAAGCCUAUAGACAGAUCGAUUGAUCUUUGGUGACCAUUCCAUUAUCAAUUCAAACUAUAAAGAGCAAAUAAGUAUGAUAAAGGUCUCUAAUGUAGAUAAAAAAAAAUGAAAACAAACUGUGCAUUUCUCACAACCAACUUAAGUCAAUGUUGUUUUCCUUCUAUACAACUUUUCAUAUAAGAGCCUCCCAUUUUGGCAGUGCCACAGCCACUUUCACUGUCGCUGUUACUGUCACUUUCAUUGUCACUGUCAUUGUCUCUGUCACUGUCACUGUCAUUAUCACUUUUACUGUCACAUACACUGUCACUGCCACUGCUACUGUCACUGUCACUGUCAUUGUCACAUUAACUGUCACUGCCACUAUCGCUCCAACUGUCACUGUUACUAUCACUGUCACCGUCAGUGUUACUGUUACUGCCACUACCACUGCCACUGUCACUGUCACUUUCACUGUCACAGUAACUGCCACUGUCACUUUCCCUUCACUUUUACUAUAAUUGUUACUGUCGCCGUCAUUAUCACUGUUACUGUCACUGUCACUGUCACUUUCCCUUUCACUUUUACUAUCACUGUCACCUCACUCACUUUCACUAUCAUUGUCACGGUCAACGUCACUUUCACUUUCAAUUUGUUACUUUCACUGUCACUGUCACCGUCAUUCUUAUUGUAACUGUGCUAAUUGUCAUUAUCGCUACAAUUGUAAUCAUUUUCAUGAUUAUCGUCAUUGCAGUGGUUACUGUGAAUAUUAUUGUUAUUUUUUUUAAAUUGUGUAGGUGAAAAAUACUACUGGCAGCACGAGCAUCAGAGGACCACCUGGAGUCAAUGGUACUAAUGGUGACACUGGAUCUGCCGGAACUCCCGGACCUGCCGGACCUCCGGGAUAUAAUGGUACAAAGGGUGACAUUGGACCUCCCGGACCUCCCGGACCUGCCGGACCUCCAGGAUAUAAUGGUACUCAGGGCCCUGCAGGACCAUCUGGACUACCUGGUGUUCAGGGCCUUCGUGGACCAUCUGGGUUCAAUGGUACCCAGGGUCCACCUGGACCCGGGGCCAGUUCCUGUGUUUUUAAGACUUUAUCUAGCCUUGGCCUACCAGCAUCCUCGUUGAUCAUCCAAAAAAUUACAGCGACGGAACAAAAUGUAUGUUGAGUUAAAGAUUGUCAAAGUCGUUUGAUUCUGAAAAACGAAAAUAAAAUCUCUAUCUUCUAUUGAAAAUUACUUUACGACAUAUUAACACUCAAGACGAUAUCUAUCGGUCGAAGGAGUUGUCCAGAUGUCGUAAAGCCUCCCUUAAAGUCAUAAAGUUGAGUUAUUACUUUUUAGCCAUAGGCCGCAUCGAUUUGGAGAAUCAAAGCUAAUUUCCUCUCAUUUUAAGUCUUAAAUUUCCAUCUUCACUAAACAAAAAACAAAAAAAAAGAAACGUGUAGGCUGUAUUUGUGAUAUCCGAUUUCGGCAUGGAAAACUCACAAUAAGUAUUGCCCAGAUUGUAGGCGUCAGCUUUCGCCACGUCGUGUGUACACCCAUUGAAGAGGAAAGAAAUGUUUUGCUCAUCUGCUUUUCGAACUCUUGACGUAGUUUAUCAUUAUCAUCAGUAUCAUCAUUAUAUUUUUUUUUUCCUGCCAGGGUAAAAUCUUUAUUGGCGUAAACUGUGAUACAAACGACGCGAAAGCUGUUAAAUUAUCAAGUACUAUUUCAGGUGGAAAAAGAUCCUACGAUUGCUCUUGCGAAGGUACCCUAACAACUGGAGAACCAGUGAUGUAUUGCUACAUACACUACUGGGAGUGUCAGAUAUAA